GCGAUUUGAGACAACUGGAGUCAGUCAUCGUCACCGGCGAGACGGGCAGCGGCAAGAGCACGCAGCUGCCCAAGUAUCUCUUCGAAGCAGGCCUGGCCAAGCUCGGUGCCAUCGGUGUCACGCAGCCCCGACGUGUGGCCACCAUCUCGGUGGCUCAGCGAGUGGCUGAGGAGAUGAGCUGUGCCCUGGGGAGCACUGUGGGCUACCAGGUGCGCUUUGACGACUGCACCACCGAGGAGACUGCCAUCAGGUAUAUGACUGAUGGCUGCUUGUUGAGGCAGAUACUGACUGACCCCCUGCUCUGCAAGUACAGUGUCAUCAUUCUGGAUGAAGCCCAUGAGAGGAGCCUCAGCACUGAUAUUUUAUUUGGUUUGCUGAAGAAACUGUUUCUACAGAAGAAACCACCUGAGAGGAAGACGGACAUGAAAGUGGUGGUGAUGUCAGCCACCCUGGAGGUAGACAAGCUCUCUGAGUUCUUUGGACACUGUUCAGUGCUGAACAUUCCAGGAAGAAGUUAUCCUGUCAAGGAGAUCUUCUGCAACCUGCUCAGCCCAAGGGACAUAGGCAGCUCUGCUUAUGUCACAGAGGCUGUGAAAGUGACACUGGAUGUCCACUUGAAUGAACCCCAAGGAGAUAUCUUGGUUUUCCUGACAGGUCAAAUUGAGAUAGAAAGAGCUUGUGACUUGCUGUUCAAGAAGGCAGAGUUGAUUGAUUACCGGUAUGAAGUGCAUGAUCAGGCUGUGGAAGGCAUCCUGAUCUUACCCUUGUAUGGGUCAAUGUCAACAGAUCAGCAGAGAAGAAUAUUUUUGCCAGCUCCUACAGGCAUCAGGAAAUGUGUGGUGUCCACCAACAUUGCUGCAACAUCUCUGACAAUUGAAGGAGUCAGGUAUGUGGUAGACAGUGGAUUUGUGAAGCAAUCCAAUCAUAAUCCCAGAGUUGGUUUGGACAUCCUGGAGGUGGUUCCCAUUUCAAAGAGUGAAGCCAAGCAGCGAGCUGGCCGGGCUGGCAGGACAGCAGCUGGGAAGAGCUACCAACUGUACAGCAGGGAGUUCUGGGAGCAGUGCAUGCCUGAGCACACGGUGCCAGAGAUCAAGAGAACCAGUCUGACAUCUGUGAUCCUGACCUUGAAGUGCCUUUCUGUGCAUGAUGUCAUAAGGUUUCCUUAUUUGGACCCCCCUGAAGAAAGACAUAUUUUAGAGGCUCUCAAGGAGCUUUACCAGUGCAGUGCUAUUAACAGGAGAGGCCACGUGACAAGACUGGGGGAAUUCCUGGUGCAGUUUCCCCUCCCUCCCAACCUGACCUGUGCUGUCAUAAAAGCUGCUUCUCUCGACUGUGAAGAUCUGCUGCUUCCCAUAGCAGCUAUGCUGUCCGUAGAAAACGUCUUCAUUCGGCCAGGUGAUCCUCAGAAGCAAAAGGAGGCUGAGCUUCAACACCAGGAACUUUCCUCGCAAGUGGGAGGAUGCAAUGACUUUGCAACCCUCUUAAACAUUUUUGAACAGUGCAAAGCAAGCAAGUCUCCUUCAGCUUGGUGCCAGGAACACUGGAUCCAUUGGAGAGCUUUGAAAUCUGCUUUUAGUGUGGAAAAACAGCUCCGGGAAAUAAUCACUAAACUGAAACAGCUGCCAGACUUCCCUAAAGAGACAUUUGAAGGCUCCAGAACUGAACUGCUGAGAAGAUGUCUGUGUGCAGGAUACUUUAUCAAUGUGGCUAGGAGGUCUGCAGCCAGGACAUUCUGCACCAUGGAUGGACAUGGCAGCAUAGUCUACAUCCACCCUUCAUCCACACUCUAUAACCAGGAGACUCUCCUGGAGUGGAUCAUCUUCCACGAUGUCACUGUGACCUCCAAGAUCUACGUCCGGACGGUGUGUCCUGUUCGCUACGAGUGGGUCAAGGACUUGUUGCCCAGAUUGCACCAGAUUGAUGCCUAUGAACUGAGCAGUGUGGCAAGGGAAGAAGUGACUGAAGAGGAGAUAACCAAGUGGGAGCAUAAGGAGGACCUGAAAAGGCAGUUUGAAAAACUCACAGACAACUCAGCAAAGAAGCUGGAGAGAAGGAAUGAUGAUCAAUCAAUCCUGGACGCCCGAGCUCGUUACCUGGAGAGAAAGCAGCAGAGAGCACAGGGUUUAAGUGGCCCAGUGAAAGAAGUGGGGUGA